AGCCCUUCCAGAAGCUUCCACACACAGCUGCUACCUUCCAUGUUUCGUAGCAAUCACCAAAGCCCAGAAGCACGCCUGCUGCAAGGGGCUUGAGGAGGUCUGUACUCCAGCCCCACUGGCUCAGCACAUGGUCAGCACUGAAGUUAUACCUGGAGGCUCAGGGUCAUGCAUACUCAGGUCUUGAAAUCCUCUCUGCCCAGGGGUCCCACAGCCUUUCCGGACAGCCACUCCUUCCGGUGCUUAAUGAUCCUUGUGCUUUUGUUUCCCUUAUAUCCAGCCUGAAGCUGUCCAGUUCCAUCUGAUGCCACUGCCCCUCCCUCUCUCACCAGGCACUGCUGUGAGGAGCCAGGCCCUGUUUCCUUGAUGCCUUCCCCAAAGGCACCAGAGCGUGCUGUUAGGUGCCCCUAAACCUCUUCUGAGCCAUGCUGAGCCAGCCCUGGUUGCCUUCUCCUGCCCAGGACCCUACAAAGGACGCAGUGCCUGGGUGAGGCCUGAUGCUGAGCAGAGGGCACCAUCAGCCCUGCUCUCCCCAGCGAGUAAAGACAGACGGGAGAAAGUCCCCGGGAGCAAGCAGAGGGCUGACUUCCACCCAGCGUGGGAGGAAGCACGGGAGCCCAGAGGGCAGGCCAGCAGUGCUGGGGCAUGGGCAGGACUGGAGGGACUGUGUGGUGCAGCCCGAGAGGCAGGCCCGAGCUGUGACUGAACGGACCCUCCUGCUGUAUGUGCUUGAAGACACAUGGCGUAGCCAAGGUGACCGGGACGGGGCCCUGGGAAGGCACAGCCAGGGACCCCGGCCUGCUGGGAAACACCAGUGCCACGGACAAGACAAAAGUUGGGGGGCAUGGAGUGGACACGAGCAUUGCGGGAGGCUCAGAAUUUGGGGCCAGAGAGCUGCCGAGGUGAGGAUGGGCUCUUGGGAUACCUCCUACGGGUGGCUGGUGGCGUCUCCAAGCGAUGGACUGUGACGUCUGUGAGCAAUGGAUUGUGACUGCGUGGCCCUGGCUGCUCAUAUGCGGGCGCAGAGUCCCAGCGCGCCGGCUAGUGCCCGCACUCCGGCUGAGCGGUUGCGUGAGGUCUGGAGUGAGGAGCGAGGUUGGCCUUGGUGCUGGUGUCGUGCCCUGGGAGUUGCUGCAGCAGCUCUCAGUGCCCUUCCCAGAGCCAUCAGAGCUUCUUCCACGGCCCUGCGUCGUUCGGGCCGUCGGGAGACCCAGGAGGAGCGCUCGCAGCAGCAGAGCGUGACAGCUGCUGGUGCAGCAGCAGUGAGGAGGAGCAGCCCCUCAUCCCCUGCUCCACGCAGCCCACUGCAGCAGCUGGAGAGCAUGGCCACGGCGCUGGAGAGCCGCUGCCCCAUUUGCCUUGACACCUGGGACAAUGCGGGCUACGUGAUGCCAUGUCUCCACCAGUUCUGCUUCCGAUGCAUCCAGCAGUGGGUGGAGAGCAAGCCCGAGUGCCCCCUCUGCAAGAGGAGGGUCAGCUCCAUCGUGCACUCGGUGCGGGCAGACAACGAAUUUGAGGAGCUCAUCAUCCCAGCGCCGGCAGAAGCGUCCUUCAUCACCCAGCCGGCAGGGAGAGCUCGUGGCCGCGCAGCCACCACCGACCCCCGUCACCGUCCUGCAGCACCACCAUCAGCUGCAGGGCCGGCUCUUGUGGGAGGCCUCCAGCCUGAAGUUUGGGCCUCCCUUUUCCGAGACCACCCAACGCUGAUCCAUCCCGUGCUGCCCUGGCUGCGCCAGGAGCUGAGGCGCAUCCAUGGGGAUGACCAUGCGGAGGCGCAAAUGGUGGAAGACCUCCUCACCUCCGCCGUGGGCCUCCUGGGGCUGGAUGAAGAUCGCCUGGUCCAGCUGCUGCAGCUUUCCAUGCCGGAGCACGCAGCCACCUUUGUGCACCGGCUCAUCAGCAUCACCGUGCAGCGGUGCAGCUGGGUGGCCCACCGCCUGCUGGGCCUGGAGGGCUCCCGUGCUGCCAUGGGACAGGCAGGCAGCCCCGCAGCUGGCCCCAGGCCUUCUGCCUCCCGAGAGGGGCCUCCUGGUCCUGGUCCAGAGCCCUCCAACAACGCUGCUCGAGGCAGCACAGACGAACUCGCGGGCGGCUCCAGUGCUGCCCUUCAAGGGAGUCGCAGCCAGCCCCCCUCCAGCGCGGUUCCUGUCCCCAGGAACCAAGAAGCGCCCCAGGAGGAGACACAGGAGGCUGUGCCUGGAGCCUUCACAGCAGACCAGGGCAGGGACCAUCCCCAAAGGGGGCCCCGGCGAGCCCCAAAGAGGAGGGCCCCAACCUCCCAGGCCUCUUCUCCAGCAGCCAAGAAGAGGCCACCCCGCCGGCAACACUAGGGCAGCGCCCCAGGAGCUGGCCACAAGAGGGCCGGGCCAGCGGGUGGGGUACACGGAAGGCCCUCAGGAAAUACAAUGUAGAAAAUAAAUCAUAUGUAUAUAAAGUCUCAGUGUAGCUAACAAUGUAUUUGGUGUCGCCAUCCCCAGCCCUACUGCCAUCUCCCCCU